AACAGGGUCAUUAUUACACAUUUCUGCUUGGACUAGAAUCCAAAAUUAUUGGACCUGCACAGGAAGUGCUUGCAAAAAAUAAUUACGAAGCAAAUUUCUCACUAAUGGAGAAGUUACUUAUUGAGGCGUUCGGUGAAAAAAAGAAAAUUGAGCAUUUAUUAUAUGAGAUUAUUACAGCGGAGCAACAUGGAAAAAGUAAUCACGAAUUUUAUGAAUACAUUACGACUCGACUAAACCAACUUAUAUCUUCUACAAUUCUGAAAUACGGCAAUCAAAAUGCAAAGCCAUUAAUUGAACAAUACAAAAUGCAAGCUGUAUCGGCAUAUCUUCGUGGAUUAAAUGGCAUAAAUGGAUUAAUUAUUACUGGGUAUGACCCAAAGACACUUGAAGAAGCAUAUCAUCAUGUAAUUACAAUGGAAGCUAACACAAGAUUGAAGAACGAAAUUACGAACGUUCCACAAGUACCAGCAAGAAAUUAUCAAAGAAGAUCAUCCAACCAACCGAAUAACAAUUUUCAACAACAAAGACAAGAUCAAAGAUUUCAGUAUCAACAACAAGGUACUUUAUACCAACAACGACAACACCAACGAGAUUUCCAACCGUUUCAAAGACAACAACACAGUUUUGAGCUACGAGAAUUUCAACCAUUUCAAAGACAACAACGAAGUUUUGAGCAACGAGAAUUUCAACCAUUUCAAAGACAACGAGGUUUUGAACAACGAGAAUUUCAACCACAUCAACUGCGAGAUUUACAACAAUUACAACAACAACGAGAAGUCCAACCAUUCCAACAACAGCAACAUGAGAACCAACAGUUCCAGCAACAACUUCAGCGUGAUCGAGAGCUAAGAAAUAAUCCGAGAGGGGAGCCGAUGGAAAUCGAUCGUUCAACACGAUCACGACAUGUGAAUUAUGAAAACAGAAACCAGCUAAUAAAUAAUAUAGAAGAAUGCGAGGAACACGGAAAUGAGGCAAGUUCAUUGAAACUCACGUGGAUAUUCCUAAUAACCGCCAUCCUAGGAAUAGAAAUAAUCGACGUCAAGGAUAAGGCGUAUCUACUUUAUGAAGAAAAGGAAUGUAUCGUCUCAAAUGGUGAAGUUAUUCUAAUCCAUCAAAUCAACAUUACACAAAUAAAACAUGUAGCCGGGGAAUACGAAUACGUAACAAUGACACGAGAAAGUCUCUCGAAUCUGCUUUUGGAUAUGCAACCAUUGUGGGCUGCUGGUUACACGAGUAACUACUUCUAUGCUGAAGUCAGAAUUAAUAAUAGCUAUUUGCUUUAUCGGGAGCUCUCCCCUGGGAAUUGCUACGAUUUCUAG